AUGGAACAUGACUGUGGAAUAGCAAGAAAUCAUCGGGGGCCCCAGGCUCCGGCCUGCGAAGGUUCAACGGGCCUUGAAAAAGGCUGGUCUGCAGAAGGCACAGGCUCCUGCCUGCGAAGAGUCAACGGGCCUUGGAAAAGGCUGUGCGACAACAGUGCCUUGAAAAAGGCUGGCCUGCAGAAGGCCCCAGGCUCCGGCCUGCGAAGAGUCAACGGGCCUUGGAAAAGGCUGUGCGACAACAGUGCCUUGAAAAAGGCUGGCCCCAGGCUCCGGCCUGCGAAGAGUCAACGGGCCUUGGAAAAGGCUGUGCGACAACAGUGCCUUGAAAAAAGGCUGGCCCCAGGCUCCGGCCUGCGAAGAGUCAACGGGCCUUGGAAAAGGCUGUGCGACAACAGUGCCUUGAAAAAGGCUGGCCUGGCCCCAGGCCUUGGGUCGGCCUGCGAAGAGUCAACGGGCCUUGGAAAAGGCUGUGCGACAACAGUACGCUCUUUGAGAUGUGCUUUGGAGAGUUUGGAGUCGGCCUACUAUGAGGUGCGACAGCGCAGUGUCCAAAGCUUGGCGGAGGACGAGGCGCUGGGCGUUUCGCGCGGCGAGUUGAUGGAGACGCUGAAGAAAGCGGGAUGUCGACUGACGGAAACGGAGCAGGAUGUGCUGUGGGAAGCCAUGGAUACCAACCAGGACGGGCUGCUGAGCGCCUCCGAGCUGGGCCUCUCCGAUGCGAACAACGAUGCGCCGAUCUUGGAAGAACGGCAAGAACGGCGUCCAGGCGGGAGCUAA